UGGGACACAUAACGGGCUCAUAAUUGUAGGGCUGCGGUCCGUCAUAUGUACUGUAUACAUUUACAGUUUCCUCUGGGUCAGAACCUGAACCAGGAUCCAUUGUUUUCCUAUUGUCUAAACUGACUGGUCUCCCUCUGUGUGGCAAACUAUAUCCAAAUACUUUUUUCAUUUUUUCAACACUAUAUUCCAAAUUGUAUUUCUUUACUAGUAAUGUUAUUGGGGUGUGAAGAUGACAAGACCAAAAGAUGGAAAAAGAUGGAGGAGGAAUUGUCAUGAAGAAAAGAAUAAACGACCAAGAAGGACUGCACAAUUGCCAUCCCGCCCUGCAGCUGCCAUUGUCCAAUUGGGAACUAAUGAGCCAUCUUUAAACGAUGGACAUUCGACACAAGGGGCCGGAAGUGAACCAUCCCCACAUAGGGCCCCGAACGGAGAAGGACCAUCCUCCCACUGUCCCAGCGGAGGCCCGCCAGCCUCCAACUUCACAUCAGUCUCUGGUAUUCCUUCUGAUGUCCUAACUGAACUGCAGGGCAAUGAUAAUGAACCAGAAGUGCUCCCUGAUAACGCCGAUUGGAUUUUUGAUGAUGGAGGACUUACCUUCUGUGAAGGAUUUGAAGACGGUUUAGAUGAGGGGAGUGCACAGUCAACUUGCGAGACAAAACAGACUUGCCUUUGUAUGACAAUGCAUCGAUAACUGUUCCAGAGUGCCUUUUGAUUAUCAUGGCUUAUGUGAACUGCCAUAAAGUAACUGAUACGGCCCUUAGCGACUUGCUCAAAUUGUGCAAAUUGCUUUGUCCCCAUAGUCUGAAUACAGAUCGCUUGAACAUUGUACAGAAGUUCAAAGACUAUUUUUUUUCUCAGUCUGCUUCAUCCCCUAUUUUACAUAAAUAUUGCAGUAAAUGUUUUGUGUCCAUAGAGGGUGAACAGUUGCAAUGUCAGUCUUGUGCGACUAGUGUGUCAGAAGAAGGAUCCUCCUCAUAUUUCAUUGAGGUUCCAAUUGAUGCUCAAAUAAGGUCAUUUUUUCUUACACCUGGUUUUCAGGAGAAGCUUAACUUUAGAUUCAGCCGGAAUAAAAAAGAUCCAAACAACAUUGAAGACAUAUAUGAUGCAGACAUUUACAAAAAGCUUGUAGAUCAGGGUGGUCCUCUUAGUAACCCUAAUAACAUAUCCCUUACUUGGAACACAGAUGGGGUACCUGUUUUCAGAUCAUCUAAGUUUUCAGUGUGGCCUUUUUAUUGUGUCAUUAACGAACUGAGCUUCAUUGAACGCACAAAGAGACAAAAUAUGAUAUUUGCUGGGCUUUGGUAUGGUGAUUCAAAACCAUCCAUGCAUACUUUUCUUAAACCACUAAGCGACACACUGAGAAAACUUGAAGAUGAUGGAAUCCUUUUGCAACCUGCAGAGGCAUCUGAACCCUUUGUGUCUAAAGUGCUAACUAUUGCAGGAACAUGUGACUUGCCUGCCAAAGCGUUAGUACUUAAUUCAGUGCAAUACAAUGGGAAAUAUGGAUGUCAUAAAUGUGAACAGCCUGGGGAAACUGUGAAGACUGGGGAAAGGGGACAUGUUCAUGCAUUUCCAUUCAUAACUGAAGAUCCAAAAGGGCCACCACGCACAGAUGAAGGGUUUGACCUUGAUGCUAAAAUUGCAGAUGACACCAAAACUACUGUAAAAGGGGUGAAGGGUCCCUGUGCGCUUAGAAAACUAAAAAGUUAUAAGUUAAUUCAAGGCACUGGCAUUGAUUACAUGCACUCAGCUCUUCUGGGAGUGAUGCGCCUUUUGAUGGCUCUCUGGUUUUCUCCAGAGUUUUCUUGUAAGCCUUUCAGCAUCUCAAAACAUAGUAAGGAAAUAGACAAGAGAUUAAAAGAUCUCUCCCCUCCAUCUUUAACGAGGUAUCCGCGAUCAGUGUUAUCACACAGAAUGUUUUUUAAAGCAUCAGAAUAUCGUGAUAUUUUGCUCUUUUAUGGACCUGUUGUUUUCCGUGGUAUCCUUGCAACAGCGUACUAUAAUCACUUCCUCCUCCUAAGUGAAGCCAUUUUCAUUCUGUUGAUGGAAUCCAUAUCUGUGGAAAUGGUUGAUCAUGCUGAGAAACUGUUGUGGAACUUCUGUUCUCAAAUGUGUGAUCUUUAUGGUGAGCGGUACCUAACUGCAAAUGUGCACCUCCUAGUUCACUUGGCCGACAGUGUCAGGGCCCUUGGUCCAUUAUGGACUCACUCAUGUUUCCAUUUCGAAGACAAAAACGGCUAUUUGUUGAGGCUCAUACAUGGUACUCAGAAUAUACCAAUUCAGAUGGUCUCUGCAGUCAAACUAGUUCAGUCUAUACCUGUUAUUUCACAAACCAUAAAGCCAGCUAAUGACAUAGCUACAUUUUACACUCUGAUGACUAAGGACCAUAGUUUUGGUCAGGAAAACAAUGAUAAAAGAAUACAACUUUUUGGAGCAUCAAGUGAAGUUCAGUUACAGGAAAUUCACAUGACUACCUUGGAAAGACAUGCUGGUCACUGUAUUGAUCCUAAAACAGUGAGAAGAUAUGAUAGGGCACAAGUUAAGAGACAUUAUCUCACAUCAAGACAUUAUGGGAAAGGCCACAAUAGAAGAAAGAAUUGUACAGUUGUUUUUUCAAGUGGAGCAGAGCUAAAAUAUGGACAGGUUGAGUUCUUCCUUACGUCUGAACAGUCUGGUGUCAAAUGAGCUCUUAUUAAUGAAUUUGAAUGUGCAGAUUUUACUUUGCUUAGAGAUAGUGUCACAAAUGGUACCUGCUUUCAUGUUGUGCCUCUGUUUGAAACCUCUGUAAAUACAGUAGCAGUUUCUCUUGAGCAUGUAAUGGGAAAGGUUAUUUUCAUUGACUUGACCUCUAUGCCUGGCAUUGUGUUUGCAGCUCAUUUUCCAAACACAAUUGAGAAGUUUUAGAUAUGCUUCUGUUUACACUGUGAAUGUCACGUAAUGAACAAAUGAUAUGAAACUUUUGCUACAUACCUAAAACGGCUAUUUGUUGAGGCUCAUACAUGGUACUCAGAAUAUACCAAUUCAGAUGGUCUCUGCAGUCAAACUAGUUCAGUCUAUACCUGUUAUUUCACAAACCAUAAAGCCAGUUAAUGACAUAGCUACAUUUUACACUCUGAUGACUAAGGACCAUAGUUUUGGUCAGGAAAACAAUGAUAAAAGAAUAUAACUUUUUGGAGCGUCAAGUGAAGUUCAGUUACAGGAAAUUCACAUGACUACCUUGGAAAGACAUGCUGGUCACUGUAUUGAUCCUAAAACAGUGAGAAGAUAUAAUAGGGCACAAGUUAAAAGACAUUAUGGGAAAGGCCACAAUAGAAGAAACAAUUGUACAGUUGUUUGUGGCGCAGAGCUAAAAUAUGGACAGGUUGAGUUCUUCCUUACGUCUGAACAGUCUGGUGUCAAAUGGGCUCUUAUUAAUGAAUUUGAAUGUGUAAUGAAUUACUUUACUUAUAGAUAGUGUCACAAAUGGUACCUGCUUUCAUGUUGUGCCUCUGUUUGAAACCUCUGUAAAUACAGCAGCAGUUUCUCUUGAGCAUGUAAUGGGAAAUGUUAUUUUCAUUGAAUUGACCUCUAUGCCUGGCAUUGUACGUUUUAGAUAUGCUUCUGUUUACACCGAGUGUCACAUCAAGACAUUAUGGGAAAGGUAUGAAACAAAAAAUAAUAAAAGAAAUGUACAGUACAAGAUAACAUAUUUCUAAUUGUCACUUCAUUUCAAUUGGUUUUUACAUCUCGUGUUGUACACCAUAUCGUACUAUUGUCCAAGUCUGGUUCUUUAAAUUGCCUGCAUCUAGCAUUCUUAAUGUUAUAUUAUCAUCCAAUUAUAUCACAUUAAGACUCAUUUGAGAGCACAGGGAGACUGAUCAGGUAUCUCUC